AUGGCGCUCAAUCUCGAGAAACAGUUGCUCUUCUACGGUGCCUACCAUAACAAUCCUUACAAGGUCAACGUCGCGAUCCAUAUUACUUGCGUGCCGGUCCUACUGUUCACGGGGAUCGUCCUGGCCUGCAAUUGCCCACCGCUCUUCACCCUCCCGGACAUCCUUCAAAUUGAAUACCUGCCCGCAAAUGCCGGCACAAUCGGCGCCCUUAUCUACGCCAUAUUUUAUGUCCUGCUCGAACCCAUCGCCGGCGGGCUCCUCGCACCCGCCGUGAUCGCAUCCGCAUAUUAUGGAAAUUACUUCCUUAGCACACACGGCAGCACCGUGAACUACUGGGCCGGAGGCAUCCACGUCGUCUGCUGGCUGGCCCAGUUUGUCGGACACGGUGCAUUCGAGAAGCGUGCCCCCGCCUUGCUGGAUAACCUCGUGCAAGCUUUGUUGCUUGCGCCGCUAUUCGUCUGGAUGGAGGUUCUGUUCUUCUUCGGUUAUCGUCCUGAGCUCAAGGAGCGCUUCGAAAAAGGCGUUGAGCUUGAGAUUCUGAAGUUCCGCAAGCAGGGGAACAAUAAUGGCAAGGGCAAGGCGGCGCAAUAA